AUGGAUGGACAGGGUAUGAGUUUAUUUCAAGGUGCAAUGAGUAUUCAUAUAAACAAUAGUGCACAAGACAGACUGGAAGAACAAGAAGAAAUUGAAGAUCAAAAGAGGAGACACAAAGAACUACAACAAGAGUUGGCUAAUGGUUUUGAUGAUCUGUCUGAUGAGGAUGAGGCUAGCUCGGUCAACAGUAGUGGAAACUUUACUCUGGAUCCACAUAACCAUGAUGUUCCACAAACAUGCACAGGAUUACCUCCAGUUUAUGGAGAUUCAUUAAAACAUUUGAAAGAAGCACACAACCUUGGGGAAACGCCGAAAAAAUAUUGUGAGAGGUCUAAAAAUCAUAGAUCUCAUACUGUAAAAAAUCAGGAGGAUCAAAUCCACAAACAGUUUAGCCCUUUUGGAGGGGGUGAUUUGCAAAUUAAUUAUUGUCAACAGGACUUGAGAGGUCAUCUGAAUGGCAUGAACAAUUUUGAUGAACAAGAAUAUCAGAAAUACAAAGAAUUAAAAGUAAUAUAUGAGAUGCGUGUGAAAGAGUGUCAGGAGCUGGCAAUGGAAAUAAAGAAAUCAGAUGCAGAAAUAGACAGUCUCCGAGCCCGAUUAUCUGCUGCUAUUAAUGAUAAGGACAAAGCAGAACUAUCUUUGCAAGAAGCUCAACAUUUGCAUGCAUCAAGCAAGCAUAAUAUUAUUGAACUCGAACAGCAGAUUACCGCAUUAACAAAAAAGCUCAUGGAAAGCGAUCAAGCCAAAGAGCAGUUGAAAUUGGAGCUGCGAUCUGCUAACAUGAGCUUACAAGAACUACAGCAGAGAUGUCACAAUUUGCAGGUUACGCACACACAUGAUACCGAUACGUUAUUCAGAGAACAGCAAGAGAGGCACCGAGAAGAGGUGGAGAGAUUGCAAAAUGACCUCACAAAAGCAAAACAUAGACUCGAAGAGAAGGAGAACGAAAUAAAAAUACUAGAAAAACGUUGCAUGGAAAAUGUGCGAGAGAAAGAGGAAAUGUUAAUAGAAAAAGGCAGCACUAUAAAUCGAUUAGCGAGCGAACUAGAAGUGGCUCAGUCCAGGCUCCUCAACGGGGACACGGCCAGGCUGAAGGAAAAGGUCCUGCAGCUAACGACCGAAAGGAACACUGCAAAAGAACAAAUUAAAGAACUAGGGUCCAAAUUGCAGUUGACGGCGCAAGAACUAGUGAUCUGCAGAAACAACCUCACCGCGAACCAGAAAGAAUACGAAAAUUGGCGUUCCACGCUCCAUCAGAUUUUGGUGGAAUCUUUACCGGAAAAUACUUAUUUAGGGGAACCUCCGUCACCAGGAAAAUUGGCAACGCUCAAAGAGAUUCUGAGCAGAUAUAAAAUGCAGAUGCAGAAACUAUCGUCGAUGCAAGACGAAAUCGUAAAACGGGACAAAAAAAUUGACCAAAAUCGUAAGUUAGAAUCGGAGCUGCGUGCGAAACUCGACGAGCAAAAGGGUAUAGAGAUGCAACUUAAUUCGCGAUUGGCGGUGCUUCAGAAUAAAAUCGAAUUAUUGGGCAGUAACUCCGACAGUGAGUUGCUGGAAGGCUAUAAAAAUGAAAACGAGAGGCUGCAAAGCGAACUGGAGGAAGCAAGGGCGGAAAUUAAAAACGCGGGACUAAAAUACGCCGAAUUAGAAAUGGAAUACGACAAGUUGAGAAGCGAAAAGGGCAGUCGGGCGACCAUCGUGCAGGAAGCCAACGCGGACCUGCUGCGUGAACUGGAGAAGUACAGCUCCCAGCUCAAGGACACGCUUCGAGAGAACGGAGAGUUGAAAACCUUGUAUUUGCAGGUUUGCAGCAAACGCGACUCGAUAACGAGGGAACUGAAAGAACAACAGUCGACGAUGCAAAAGGAACGAGAAUAUUUCAGGGCACAAGAGAGGGACAGUCGCGAGCUGGCCGCGCGCCAGGGACAAACCAUAGAGAAGCUAAACGCGGAGUUCCACGCCACGAAGGCGGAACUGGAGGGCGCCAACAGGAGGAUAUCGGAGCUGCAGCGGGAGUUUACCGACAAACAAAAGGAGUUUUCCGAGAAAUUAAAUAAAUAUCUCGAAGAUGAAAAAACAGCCAUGAGAAAAGAAAUGGAGCCGUGCUCGCAUUGUGAGAAACAUUUGAAACGUAUCCGGCUUCUAGACGAACAGCUCAGCAAAUGUACUAUACAGUUGGCCUCCCAUGAGAGCAACGUGGCCUUAAUGAAGGAACUGAAGAGCAAAGGAGAGUUCUUCCUCCAGUACAUCACGGAUCGCUUCAACAAGCUGCAGGAACAGCGCAGCGUGGGCACCAACACGGACGGACCCGCCCCGCCGCCCGCCGACCCCGCGCCCCUCGACCCCCGCCUACACGACGACGACACUCUGGCCGCUAAGACCGCCCUCAUGAUGAAAGAGAAAGCUAUAAGGGAACAGAUCGCAGAGAAAUUCACAUUGGAAAUGAAAACCGUAGAGAUGAACUGCGCUCGUCGUAUCAAAGAAAUCGAAAACGAACAGCUCGAAACGAUCGCCAAACUCAAAGACCUGCUCGAGAGGAAAGCGCAGGAAGUCGAAAAAUUGAAAGAGUUCAUACUCACCGAGCGAACGAAGGUCACUCAGAUUCUCGAGGCGAAAGAAAACGAAAUAUCCGUGCUCAUAAAGGAACACAACGAGCUACAGAACGAAUGUCAGGACGUUAAGGACGCCCUCGUUGAGUGCAAGAGGAAAUCGGACAGGUACAAAGAGAAACUCUCCAAGCUGGGCUCUCUCGAGGACGUGCUCAAGAGCGAUCGUGAAAACAUCAAGCAGAGGAGCUGCACGGACGAGUGUCAAGCGAUGAGAACUAAGCUCACGGAGUUACAGCUGAAAUUGACGCACAUCGAACAUAAAUAUGAGGCAUUACACUCGGAACAUUCGGCGGUUCAAGAGAAAUACAAGAACGCUAAAAAGACCAUAUUGACUUAUAAGGAUUAUGUGCAAAAGAAAGAUAUGCACAUAACUAACGAAAUGAAUAGAAUACAAGAGGAGUACCGGAAGAUAUUCUUUAAACUACAAAAUCAAAUCAACUGCCAGAUAAAGUGUAGGAUACAGGAGGAGAAGAACACAGAGAUGCAGCAGGACUCCCAACAAUCCAUAGAGUCGGAUUAUUCUGAUAGAAUAAACAACAUAAAUCAAGAGAUUUCACGGCUGGCCCAUUUUCAUAUGGACGAUGAAGCAACAACGAGUAGUAAGUGACAUUGCCACGAUGCCGAUACGGGUCCGACACCAGUCGUCAUACUCUGUACGUUGAAGGCAGAUUUACAAAACAACAAUUUCUCGAGCAUGCGAGAAUAUCGGGAAAUAAUAUUGUUGUUCGGUGUGAACAAACCUUAAGAACGUCAUUUGUAAAGCUAAGCUUUACUAAUGUCAUUAUCGCUCGAUCAAUCAUUUCACUUGACCUAAUCACGUACGAUACUCAUAUUCGAAAAAGGUUCUU